UUGCCAGCGGGCGUGACAUGCAACAAUCAACCGAACGAUGUGGUGACUGCUUUUCGUGUGUAGCGGUCUCUCUCUCGCAUGGUUCUUCCACUGUAUUUGGUUCUUCAGGCGGAGGGUACUUUGGCAAAUAACGGAUACUUCUGAGGGGGGUCUUAAUACAAAGCGGUUGUCUCUAUGCCCCUGCUACAGUUUAAAUCAAAUCAUCUAAUUUGCACAAGCAGUCAGUCAUGGCAGAGCCCAACCGGCCGCCUCAGCGGAAAUUGUCCACUUCGGGGGACAGCCUAUAUAAGGUGCUUGGACUGGAGAAAGGGGCAUCUGCCGACGACAUCAAACGAGCCUACAGGAAACUUGCUCUGAAGUACCACCCAGACAAGAACCCAGACAAUCCAGAGGCGUCUGAGAAGUUCAAGGAGAUCAACAAUGCCAACUCUAUCCUUAACGACGAGACCAAAAGGAAGAUCUACGACGAGUAUGGCUCCAUGGGGCUGUACGUGUCGGAGCAGUUUGGCGAGGAGAGCGUCAAGUACUACUUCCUCAUGUCCAAGUGGUGGUUUAAGGCGCUCUUCCUCUGCUGCACGCUGUCGUCCUGCUGCUGCUGCUGCUGCUGUUGCUGCUUCUGCUGCGGCAAGUGCAAGCCUCCGGAGGACGACGACAACUACCAGUACGUCAACCCCGAGGACCUGGAGGCCCAGAUCAAGGCUGAGGAGCAGGGCGGAGGAGGUGAAACGGUAAUCAUUGUGCAGCCUAUUCCCAGUCCAGGCCCAGAAAACCCCAGCGAAACUCUACCAGAGUCAAAAUGACUCGACACAAGUGACUGUGAGGAUGACCUGCAUCAGGGGAGGGGAGUUCGUGGAGCCCCUAUUGUGAUCCAACCGCAUUCCACUGUCAACACCUCGGAGACCACCCACUUUGCAACCAGUCAGCCCAGCUAUACCAACCAGAAGUGAGACCCAUCCUCCACCCCACCCUACCCGACCCCGUGACCUGGAACUAGUUCCUCCAACUCAACUCAGCCCCAAUGCCAUGACACCCCACGCCACCAACAGACAUGCGAGGCCCCUUUGCGGGUCCUGUGGGGUGGGGUGCCCCCUUGUCCAUGCAAGGGUGUGGGCACUAGAGCCAUCUCCCCAAACUGAAGCACUGGCUAAUGAGUUGGCAGUGUUGCCAUGAGAGACAAGGACUCUUAAUGCUGCCAUUCUCACUUCCUCUCACCCAUUUGCAUGGACAUGUAACACACACACACACACACACACACACACACACACACACACACACACACACACACUGACGUGAGCAUACAUACAGUGUAUGCAAUCUAACCUUUCUCUGAACCUGGUCUGACUCUUAAUGUUUUUAUUUUCUUCCCUCUGGUUCCAGUAAGUAGUUCUGCUCUAGUUGGCUAUGCUUGCAAAGGGUAUUCUUUCCUUUUUUAUAUUUGUGUUCUUUCUCUUCUCUCCUCUGUUGUCCUCUGUGGGUCAGUCUGUAACUGGUGGGGGGCCAACCUGAUUAACUAGCAUGGAAGUGGCCAAAAAAAGAGAGGGCUCGCCAAAAGUGCAUGCCGUACAUAUAGUGCAUGCUUUUAACUGUACAGAUCUGGUACGUGCUCAAACUCACAUACACACAUAUUCACUCCUCCCCACACAUACAUACAUACAUACAUACAUACAUACAUACAUACAUACAUACAGUAUAUAUACACACACACACACUCACACACACUCGACAGCCAUCCAUCACCCUUUGCAAAAAGUAGGGACACCAGCAAAUAGUGAGAGAACGAGGUGGAGAAAAGCACUGGUCAUAAUUAUGGGUCAACACACUUCUAGUGGACUUCUACAUAAUCAUGGUCAUCUACAGAAGGUGUUCUGGUAUACCAGCCUUUUAGGAGCCACGGCCAAAGUCUCCCUGUAUAUCGGACGAAGCUUUGACUCCCAAAGACAUGUCUGACCUGUUUGCAUUUCAACAGAAGUCUUCUUAUCACCACUACACGAUCACAAUUUCUUUUUUUUUUUAAAUACUAGUAUGACAUAUGCACAGAUUUUACUUGGUUCCAUGGUGUUGGAAUUGACAUUUUAUUUUGUUGAUUACCGGUAGAUUGCAGACUGACAUCUUGCCGUUUAGCAAAUUCUGGUCAUGUGCAUUUCAGAUUAGUAUGCAGUUUUUUUUUUUUCUCUCUCUCUCUCAUGUAGGCAGCAGCAGAUGAGGUCUAAACCGCUAGAGAGAUACCAUGCCAAAUUUCAAAGCAUUGCUGGGUUUUGUUCAUCUUUUGUUUUUCGGUACAUUUUUAAGACAAAGCGUAUUUAUUAUGCAAGGACUUCCUUCGUUGCUCUUAAACAUAUGCAGUUGUCUGUGAUCUUGAUGUGUUUGUGUCCAGUUCACGCCUUUCUCGUUGUCAUUGGUUGAGGUGGUCUGUCAUGUCUGUAACUUUGUAUCAGCUGUUAAUUGUUAAUAAUGCAACUGGACUUUUGGUCCAAGUCUGAAGUAGAAAACCACUAUUAACCCCCCAGUGAUUGACUGUUGAGUAUAUAUUGAUAUCAAGUCAAGCCAAAAAUAUAUCAUUGUACUCAAAAAAAACAAUGUAUCUGAAAAAGUAAAGGCAGAUUCUAAGUUCGGUCGGUACUCUACACAAACAUGCUAAUAUUCUCAUGCUAGACAAGUCAAGGCUAUGAUGUUGAAGGCUUUGAUGCCCCGCCACAUCUUUGACUGUGCCGUGUACGAGAUGUUGCAUAUCAGAAGAGAGUGCAUUCACUCUUCUGGCAUCUAAGGAGCCAUUUGUUUGAUUAGUUUUUUUUUUUAUUAGUUUUUUUUUUUUUUAAACCUCGUCGGAACUUGAUUUGUGAGUAUGUCUUUUCAGCAGGGACUCGCUCAUAGGCUCUCCUGUCAUCAAUCACCCUCCCCAUCUCCGGCGCUCAAUCGGCCCCAGUCUGAUCCAUUUGCCAUUUGGCUCGCGGAAUGUAAAUCUCAUCUUUUUUUCCACGAGCAGGCCAAUACCUUAGCCCUGCCAAUCUCGCUACUGUAAAUGUGUGUAGCGUUUGUCACGAGGCCACCGGCAAUGCCAUUUGAACUCCUGUGGAUGCAUUUUUUUUUUUUUUUACGAAUCGUGUCCAUAUUUCAAAUACGUGGUGAUUUCUUAAACAUUCAAAAUGACACAUUUUUUAAUGCAUUGCUCCAUACUUACAGCAUAUGUGUGUGUGUGUAUAGAUAUAUAUAUAUAUAUAUGUGUGUGUGUGUGUGUGUACAUGGGGUAGUGCAGAUAUGAGCCCUGACAUGCAAGGUCAGGGUUAGGCUCUCUUUGAUGGCAUGCGAUCAGACUGCCCUGUAAUUCCCCAAAGGCAGCCUGGCCCAAGCCAUGAGGACUGAGGCCUCUGUAGUCAGCCAAGCCAGAGGUAGAGAGCAAGUACUAACUAUAGGGUCCUCACCCACUAAAAUUGUAGAUUUUUUUUUUGUCAUUGCUUUCUUUACGUUACUGUCCAUAACAUUACAAGUCCUAAACGGACAGAAGACCUGUAAAUGUGUAUUUAUAAAAUUGAAAAAUCUUAAUGAAUAAAAAAUAUGGGGGGAUUUCUAAA